UGCAACCGCGGACAGACAGUAGCAAGUGGACCGGUUGGAAGCUAAGCUAACUAUUUCAAUAGGAAGCCAGUUAAUGCCUGUUUUUCAGAGGGGUUCUAUCUCAGAACAAGCGUUGAGCCGUUUCCAAAAAUUCCAAACUCCAUGGAAAUAUUUCCGAUGGUAGGCUAACAUACAGAAGUUAACGUUUAUUUUAGAAAAAGCGCUUCGGCGAGGCUAAUUGAGCAGGAGGCGGGUAGGCGCCACUUCUGUUUGACAACAGCGCUUUUCGCUCACGUUUCUGCUGUUGUUGUUUUUGCAGCGGCUUACUGGAGUAUAUAAUUCAUCACUGCGAAGAGUUAAAGAAGAAACCACCAUCUUAAGUAUUUUUUUAAUUAUUAUUUAAACAAAAGGCUAUAUCUGAAUAUAAGUUAGUAUGGCAGAAUUUCUCGAAGAUCCGUCGGUUCUCACGAAAGAUAAGCUGAAGAACGAGCUCUCAGCGCACAAUGUCCCGCUUCCGAGCGGGGACCAUAAGAAGGAGGUUUAUGUGCAGUUAUAUCUGAAGAACCUGACGGUACUGAACAAUAAGAAAAGCCCGCCUGUAGACACCUUCUCCAGCGACGAAGAGCUGCCCACGCCGGUGGUCUCCAACAGGAGCCGCUCUGGGAGAAAAGCAACAAAGAAAACGGAUAAACCCCGCACAGAGGAGGUGGAGGUGACAGAGCUCUCAGAUGAAGAUUUGAAACAACAGCUGGCAAAGCAUGGUGUGGACACUGGACCUAUUGUUGCUUCUACCCGUAAGGUUUAUGAGAAGAAGCUUCAGAAGCUUUUGGAUGAGCCUGCAGCCGAAGCUGGAGCUCCUACAGACGUCACAACUCUCCCCAAAGCAGACAGUAACCAGAACGGCAACACAAACUCUGACCACUACAGUGACAAAGAGGAUGUAGAGAUUACUGAACCAGAACCGGUUCCUGUGGUUGAGAAGCCUGUCAGGAGCAGAGGGAAAGCUCCCGUCACAGUCAGAACCAGCAGCAGACGACAAACCAAGGUUGUGGAGGAGGUUGUUAUUGAGGAGACGCCUAAGAAGGCCAGCAAGGGUGUGGUUGAAGAUAUCCUUGCCAAUGAAAUAAGCACACCAACAGGAAUCAGUGCGACAUGCAGGCGCCCCAUCAGAGGGGCAGCCGGUCGGCCCCUAAAACCCAGCGAGUACUGGCUGGAUGAGUCCCGCGUGCAGCGCACCGUCCACACCGAGAGCCGCAGCUACACCGAGACGUAUUCUCAGCCAAGCAGCUCCGUCGCCUCCAGCAAACCUCCAGCCGGAAGAGGGUUCCUCCCCCUGUUGCUCAAACUCCUGCUCCUUGUAGUGGUGAUUGGUUCCCUGUACUUUGUGUACCAGAACCUCAGUGCGGAUCAGGUUGACGCCCUGAAAGGCCUCCUAGACAACGUCGUCGUCCCUGUCCAGAGCGCUGUGGAGUCGGCAGCCAACUACCUGGGCAUCGGCAGCAGCAAAGCCGCCAUUGAUGGCGCCGGCAAUUAAAGGACCCUCAGCAGCCGUGCCCGGAUCGCCUCUCUGCCACAACGCCGCCACAACUCAAAAAACAGACCACGCCCAUUCUUCCUAUCCCUUUAUGUUUUGGACAAAAGACAAAGAUUUAAUUGGAACAAGAUGCUUUAUUUUACCAGACUCCGACUUUCCUCCUACCACAAGCAGGCGGAAGUUUGCUCCAAACAGUAGCUGUUGGACGACAGUCAGAAGAAACGACUUAAAUGUUGAUUUUUAAUCUGUGAAUCGUUUGUCUUUGUGUGCAUUUAACCCUGUAUAUGUAGAACCGAGUGGAACGGAGCGGCCAGUUUAUCCGUGCAUGAUUGUAGUUCUUUGACGGUCAUACUGUAGUUUUCCAUGCGACGCUCUGUGCCAGGUGUUUUUCUGACUGUGAAGUGCCUGGACACUUGUUAGCACUUAGUGCCCUCCCGUUUAUCAUGUUACCUUUUUUUCAAAAGAGCGCUUCUAUUAAUACCAUGAUGUUUUUAUGUCUGUAUGCAUUUAAAAAAAAUUGGUUCUGUAGCUUUAGAGGUAGCUAGUUCUUAUUUUUUGUCAUGUCUGGUGCUCAGGUUGAUUCAUUUCACACCAUUUCGUUGUGGUUUGUGGUGAGAGGAGACAGGUGGUGCAAGCAGGUCCACUGUGAGGAAAACCAACCAAUUAAAAACUUUCCUCUCUCUUUCCCAGUGGCUUUGAUGAAUAAGUAAACUUUAAACUCAGUAGUGACAUCAUGAAUGAACUGACCAUGAAUUUAUUUUAUUUCUUUUGGCAUUUUUACCAGCAUUGUCACAAAUUUACAAGGAAAAAAAUCCAAAUUAAAGGUGUAUUUUUAUUUUAUUUUUUGUAUUAACGCCGAUAAAUAUGACUUACAUGCAAAACAUCACUCUUAUAUUCCAUCUCUAUCUGUAAGCCCAUGUGAGUUUAUAUCGGCUGUACUCUUUUCCCAUUUGUCUCUUUCAUUUUAACAGUUUAAAUGAGAUUUUGGAUCCUUCAGUCCAUUAUAAAGGGCUGGCUGUUGCAGUGCACCCACAUAGCCCGCUUCAACGACCUCAAGAACUACAAAGAUGACACCUGGAGGAAAUAAACUCACAGGAGUUUAACGCAGUUAUAUUUUUGGUUUCUUUUGUCAGAGCUAAACUUCUUGCCUCGGCAGAAAUUACAACAAGUAAAAGCAGCGUUACUAGGCAGAAAAAAGGACUCACUCUUAGAGUUGGGGGGGGGUUGGAACGGGGUUCAGAGGGGUUUUGUUUCUAUUUUGAUAUUUUUCUAAGGCGGCAUGUUCUACAGUUUUUUUAUAGAUGUUUAACGAUUUCAAGCAAUAUGUUAGACAUGCAAGUAAUACUGUAUUUUAAUCAGAAUUUUGCUGAAUUAAAACAAGUGAUUCAUCUUCAGGCAGCUCUUCAAUAAUGGACACAAAUGACUGGGGUUAUGUGGGUAAGGAUUUUUAAUCUGUUUAUUUAUGAUAAUGUAGGCUGUGUGUCAAAAAAUAAAUUCGGUUUUUCGCCA